UCAACUUGAUUGCAUUAUGCUUUUGUAGAAAAAAAGGGGUAAAACUUAGUGGAAAAGAUCCUUUCAUGUGCUCAAUCGAACGCGACCAACAUUACUUCUCAAUACGCGUCAGUUCAAUCAAAAAUGAAUUUUUACAUUAGGUUAGAUUUAUAUGAAAAAAUUCUUAUAUCUCCAUAAAUAUUUGUUUCCGCCAAAUGAAACGUCAAAAUUUGGAAUUGUGCAUAUAUAAUAAUGUUAAUUAUCUGUUUUGGGACAAUCUUUACGGUCGCCGUAAUAAUAUAUACCGGGUAAUGUCAAUUUUAAAAGUCUUUAUCAACAAUUCUGCGGACAAACAUGGAAUGAUUCAUCUUCAGCAAACGUUUUUAUCAAUGUUAUUGGUAAAAAUAAGAGUAAAUUCCAUUUAACGUCAGUUCAAUGUACAUCCGCACAAAAUUGUAAUACAAGUGAUUGGGAUUUAACAAGAUUAACUACACUUCUGUUGAAUAGUAAUCCACCAAAAACAGUCAGUAAAACUGAUGCACAACGAGGCGAUAAUGAAGAUAAAUUAUUAGUACAACUUCAACAUAUAUAA